AUGGAGGGAUCGGCGACGGAGGGAAAUCACGGAGGCAAUCCCCGCGCCGAGCAUGCCGCAACCAAGGAGUCCGAGGCGGCGGCAACGCAACACCAUCUGACGCUGCUCCAGCCGACCGUGGUCGAAGUUUCUGCAGCCGUGCUGGAUAAGGACAAGGUGGGGGAGCACGAGUCAGUGGGGCUGGUCGGUGGCUCUCCACCUUCUGGUGGACGGGGGAGGCGUAGGCAGAGGAAGAGCGAUGGGGAGGACGAUUAUGACACCGCCGUGCCCGGGGACCUCAUUACGCGGGUGAAGAGGCGGCAGACGACAGGUAGUGCUGACGACGCCGGAGGCGCGGCAGCUGGGACACCGCGAGGCGCCAAGGAAGCUAGUGGCAAGGCGAGCGGUCAAGCAUUGCGCCAGAAGGGCCGACCCGCAGCAAGAAAAGCAUCCGGCGGAAGGAGAGGCAAGAAAGCAGCGAUGGGAACAAAGCCGAAACGGGGCGAUGAAGACCCCGGUGAUGCGGAGGAGGAGGAUGAGGAGGAGGAUGCGGAGGGAGAGGAGGAUGAAGAGGAAGCGGAGGAGGAUGACGCGGAUGAGGAGGAGGAGGAGGAGGAGGAGGAGGAGGAGGAGGAGGAGGAGGAGGAGGAGGAGGAGGAGGAGGAGGCAGAGGAGGAGGAGGAGGAGGAGGAGGAGGAGGAGGAGGAGGAGGAGGAGGAGGAGGAGGAGGAGGAGGAGGAGGAGCAGCAGGGUGACGACGAGGAGGAGGAUGUGGAGGAGGAGGAGGAGGAGGAGGAGGAGGAGGAGGAGGAGGAGGAGGAGGAGGAGGAGGAGGAGGAGGAGGAGGAGGCAGCGGAGGAGGAGGAGGAGGAGGAGGAGGAGGAGGAGGAGGAGGAGGAGGAGGAGGAGGAGGAGAAGGAGGAGGAGGAUGUGGCGCCAGUGAAGGGACGGGGCGGGCGUGGCAGACGGGUGAGUGGUACAGGGAAGGAGGGGGGCCGGACUCGCCCUUCCCGAAAACGCGGGGCAGUUGACGCUGCGCGCGGCGAAGCAUCGGGCAAACCGAAGGCGCGUAAGGUGAAGGUCGAAAGUGAAGGGGUUGGUAAAAAGCAAGGGAGCCAGGGAGCAAAAGGGGAUGGAGGAGGAAAGGGUGGCCGCGCCAAAGGGGUUCCAGUGGGUAACAGCAAGAAAGAACCUGCCGGUAAACGACGCAUCGUCCGCCAAAGCACCCCGCGGAAAGGUGGCAACGAGAAGGCGCAGGCUGCCCCAAAACCGAAGGGACAGCAGAAAGGUGAAAGUGCGGAGCACGAGCAUUUUGUUACACGGGAGGAGUUCCAGGCGCUGCGGUCUGAGAUGUACGCCAUGUUUGCACAGCUCGGCCUGCGUCGUGGAGUACCUGCCAGCUAUGCCGGCGGGUCGGCAGCCCUGCCUAUGGCUGGUACCCCGCCGCCGAUGAGCGCCGUGGACAAGGCACGAGUGCUAGUGUUGCAGGAGACAAACCCAUUCCCGGUAUGUGGCGGGCCACAUGGGGAGGGUUGGGGUUGA